AUGUCGAGGCGGAAGCUGGAGGCCUUUACUGCCCUUUCUACCCAAGGGUUUAAGCCCCAAAGUUUAAGACGAAGCUCUCUAGACAUUGAAACACAUAUUCUGUUCAAUAAAACAGCGACCCAAACCAGAUUAGGCAGUUUACCCGACAACCCAUUCAUGGUGCAGACGGUGAUUGAAGAUCUGAAGACCAGAUGGACCGUUAACGCCAUCAGGGAAAUUGUGCCCCAUGUGGGUGAUAUCUUACCGUGCUCUGGUCCUUAUGUUUGGGAAAAUAUCACCGAAGUGGUCCCUGGAGAAGCAGACAACUAUUGCGCUGAUGUAGCGAAGCGCUCUGGCGCAGCUGUGCUGACUGGAGACUCGGACCUUCUCGUUCAUGAUUUGGGUCCCGACGGAUCCGUCAUAUUUUUCAAUUCGAUUGAGUCCAACGGUGGGAGUACAAAUGAGCCGCUGCGGAUACGUGCAACUGAAAUAUUACCAAAGCAAGUAGCCAAAAAACUGGGUGUCAGGAGCAUUCAAAGAUUUGCAUAUGAGUUGAAAAGGGACCCGCACUUGAACCGGGGAAAGAUUGUCCAGGCAGCUAAGGAAAACGUCGGCGGUGUGGAAAACAAUGCGCCAUAUAUCGCAUUUCUUAGGGAAUAUGCGCCUGUUGAAGAAUCAACAACCCUAAGCAAAGAUAUACAAGAAUUUGAUCCCAAAGUCUUAGAGCUUUAUUUGCAAUUUACGCACCUUGGAUACGGAGCUGAAGACCAAUCGCCGGUCAUAUAUUUGCCCAUGUUGGUUGAAAAUCAUUCUCGACGAUGUGCAUGGCGGGAUGGGGAUGAAUUACGAGCUCUCGCCUUUUCGGUACUCAACCUAUCGGUUAGUGCAGAUCAACGGAAAGAGACGGUGCUUGAAUACUCUCGAAGAGGCGCGAGGCUGUCUCCUAUAGCUAUCAAUCUAUUUCAAGAAGAUGAGCUUCGGAAAAUUCUCUCUGGCCUUUGUGGCAGAUUACAGUCCGUUUUCGACAAUUGUGGAGGCCCAGCUCUAUUAUCAUGGAAGGUAUUUGCCCUGCAAGAAAUCUUUUCAGAAAGGGAUGUGGAUAGCUGGCCUACUCGGGGCCAUAUGCGCAACUUCCUUGGAACCGGUCGUUGCAAUGCGACCAUGAGUUGGGACGAUAUUCAUCUUAAUGCGCAGAUACAGUCAAUUUUCUACUCUUUGAGGAUCCUGCGACAAUUUCUAGAGGUAUCAGUUUCGCAUCAUGGGUUCGACCUAAAGGGGGACUCAGCAUUGAUUCUUCAGCUCCUACGAGAGUUGCCCCCUUUAAGGAUCCUUUCGCACUCAAUAAGCGAUGUUCUGACGAGCGGAACUAUCCCCACCAACUCGUUACAAAAAGCAGUGGGUGUGUUAUUUUCCGUCAAAGGACAACGCCAGGGGCCUGGGAAGCAGUUUGGCAUGAGCGACAAUGAUAAUGGCCGUAUCGGGGACAUGCAGGCAUGUAGCACGCCUUCAGCAAAGACUGCAAACAUAGCGAAGCCUCCAAAACGGUUGAAAAGGACAAAUAACCCGUAUGAAAUGCUUGGAAACAUUGAUUGA